CCGGAAAUUCCUGUCGGAUUUUCGUUAUGGUUUUUACAGUGGGAUUUCCAAAAUGAAAACACCUAUUUACGUCAGUACUGCGUAGUGACUGAGGAUGUCCUAAUCUCUGCCUCCUUCGAUCCUAGGGUGUUCCUUUUAAAAACUUGGCUACUAAAGUAUUCACUGAUUAAAAAAAAUAAUACAUAAUUCACAAGAUGUUAAAAAGGCAAUUGAACGUGCGCUUGCAGAAGGAGCUGGCAGCCAUACAGCGGAAACCGCCGUGUGGAGGCGAGGUCAAGGUCACUCUGCCUGGAGACAGCCUCAACGAAUGGCAGCUUCUCAUCAAUGGUCCGCUGCAGUCGCUAUAUAAAGGUGGAAAGUUUAAAGUCAGUGUCUUCAUCCCCGAGGACUAUCCUUACAGCCCACCGAAGGUCCUUUUCCUGACGCCGAUCUACCAUCUGAAUGUCAGUGAGGGUGGACAGAUGUGCAUCCGUUUUCUCGCGGAGGAGUCGUGGAAAGCUACAAACUCCAUGGAGCAGCUCAUCAGCGCCAUCUUUGCCUUGCUGAUAACACCACAGGUCGAGUCGUCCGUGGACCACGACCGCUUGAACAAGUACCAGAACUUUCGAAGGACAUAUGAUGACCUCGCGAAAGGAAGUGCAGAGAAAGCGAAAUGAUUGAUAAUAUUUGUGAUUAUAUUGUAAAAGUCUAUCUCCAUAUGAGCGUUUCACGCCACGUUUUGCAAUUUGACGCACGACUUUCACAGGCAUUCGUUUUGAGCCGACAGUUCGACUGUGGAUGAGACGUGCAAUGUCGGAGCACGAAUCGUAAAUCACGGUGCAAUCGAUGCUAUUUUUUUCUAAGGCCUUCCUCCGAAUUCAAUUUGGGGAGCCUUAACCAAAAGUACUUUAUCGUCAUGUUGUACAAACGUAGUAGAAAGGAAUUACAUACAUUUAUGUACAUUAUACUGUACAUAGUUCGUACAGACUUCAUCGUACGUAGCCUUUCGUAAGGCUUGCGAAACCUGCUUACUGAUGAUAAUUCCGAAUCUUCCUGUACUCAGAAUAUAAUAAUCUUCAUAUUAUAUUGAGUGCAAAGAUUUAAACAAAACUAUCGAAAUGAUACAUUGCCAUGCUCGGGCUUAAUUGUUUGUACUCGCACGUCUGUCGAGAAGGGUUUUAGAACCUCAUUACAAUAUCAUUUCUUUAUUGGCCUACUAACCUCUGCUAAACUUGUUAAACGAUUGAGGCAUGUGUUUUUGAUAAAAAUCCAGCCACAACCAGCCAACAGUACUGAGCGAUAGCCAAGCCCUAUUGUCAAAAUCGUGUGCCUCCUGCCUGAUGAGAUGCUGUAGUAUUACCUUCAUAUUUCGUAGUCUUUGCCGGGUAUUAAUUCUCGGUAAAAACAAUAAAUAAUGUAUCAAAUGUAUUAAAUUCGUUUUAAUAAUACCGUUUAAAAACAAAGAAAAAUAGGAUGUAUGAACGUAAAAGGACACCAAAUUUACCUGAGUGAAAAGACGGAAUCACAAAAGACGGAACAAAAGGCCCAUACAAAAUGUAUAUUUGUACUGUUUCAGAUGCCCACUCCAAUUAAAUGUACAGAAUUUGCAAAUUGUUAGUGUCAUACAUCAAGUGCCUGGCAUUAAUAAUUUUAAUUUCAUUGCUGAGAUUUUUCAUUACUGAGAACUUUAAAUUACUGAGAACUUAGCAUUGCUGAAUUUUUACUAAUUAUUUGGAGACUAUCAAGAACGAUAUUGUGAACACAAUGUACAGAAGUUUUGUUUUGGAGGGGUUGAGAGUUAGUUAUAGCAUGGUGCUUAAGAGAUUCUUUAGGAUGAAAAUUGGUGACCCUCGUCAAGCCGAUACAAAUGAAUUUCUAAAACUUGGCCUCGUUGUUACACUUGGUAAUUCAACAGCAGAUUACCUAUACCAAAAUGGUAUCCUUCCACAGAAUAUCAUGAAAUAAAUAUCUUUCAUAAAUAAAUCUCGUGACCAUCUGACACUUCCAUGUGCUUUUCUAAAUUUAGCAUGCCGCCAUGACACCUCAUUGAGACACUUUUGAUCAUACACAUCGUUUCACAAUUUCAAUAUUUUUCUUAUGCUCAGUAUGAUCAUCAAGUUUUUUUGCAUAUCCUCAAGAUUAAAAGGGGUCACAAUAUACUAAACAUUUAAAUUGAGUAACACCUUUAAAUGGAGUAAAUGAGGUUUAGAAUGAACAAGACUGUCUUGGAUAAAUACCAUACGGAAAUGUGGAUAAUAUCCAGGUAUAUAUACUCUAGUUUCGUCUUUCUAAGGUACCUUCCAUAUAUUCAUGCCGGUAUUUAGGCCUCAGCCCCAAGUUACCAUUACAAUGGAUCAUUCAGUUCUUUUCAACAUCACUGACCAAUGUGAAUGGCCGAACUGCAUGCCGUUUGCACCGGCCGCGACGAGACGGUCAAUGCACAUGUCCCAGGAAAUGUCAGUUUCAUUCAAGGGUUUAUUCCAAAAUCGGCAAAUGGGUUGAUUCAUACAGAGUGUGCCAGAAAAACAAUCUUGAACAUUUUAAUGUCUCGUUUAGAAAGCCCCAUUUCAGCAUCCAGACCUACAACUUGCUGUGGAUAUCGGAUUAACCUACCUCUUAUUGAGUCCCAAAUUAAUUAGUGAAAUUAAUUCACUACAGAGAAAAUUGAAUUUCAUAAAAUUUUUAAUUUAGUAGGCCCUGUGCCUUGCUUUUGCUAGACGCGAUGUAAACGGUUAUUUCAUGGCUUUAUGGCACACGUUGUCACUUUCUUCUAUUAACAACAUGUCUAGACAUCCUAGGCCUAUAAAGGCCUAACGCCGAUGAUCACUCGCCCCCAGACAAACAGUCAAUAUGGAACAAGAAGAACCCUUGAGAAAACGGCGAAGGAGCUAUUCGGUAUCCGAGAAAAUAGCGUACUUGCGGGACCUUGAGACAGGGCUAUUGAAUGGAACAGUCGAAAGCAUGAACGAGUUCGGCGAACAUUACAAGAUCCCAGUUUUAACGUUGAGAAAGUGGAACCUUGAAGACCUGGAAGAGAAAGAGCGCGAAGGUCGCGGCAAGGACAGGACAGUCAAACAGCGACUGCACACUCUAAGAACUAUUUUAUCAUUAAUAGUAAAAUUGUUACUAUUUAAUGGAUUAAUAUUGCACCCACAUAGAAGUAGUAAUUUUUACUACUUCAAAGUAGUUAAGAUGUUUAACCAAAUAAAUGGUAACUUUUUCUACAAUUAAAUAGUAAUUAUUUUACUGUUUUUGAUAGUUAUUUUUGAUAGUUAACUAUUCCUGGUGGUUUUGG